AUGAUAUGCACUGUGCAAAUAGUCCCGACGACCAACUGCAGCAAAGGCAUGCAAGAGGCUCAGGUCAAAAAUGGAAGGUUGCAAUACUUGGACUCUUCGCCAAAAGUCCUUAGCACCUGCUUUCCGUCUAAGACCCGGCUGAUGUUAACGAAAUGUGUUAAAUUGUCCUUAAAGACAGGUCUGGAGGUGUCCCACGCGCGGUCGUGCGAGCUGGGCUGGUUCAGCUGCGGCGAGAACGGGACCCAGUGCAUCGAGCAGCGCUUCCUGUGCAACCAGGAGGAGGAAUGCCCCGACGGCGAGGACGAAGUAGGAUGCGUGGACGACAAGGGCGACAACCAGGUGGUCAAGAAGAUCCUGAGCAAGGCGGUCUUCCCCUGGCACGAUCGCCACCGAUGCAGUCUGACCAAAUACCCGGGCGCGUGUGUCUGCAGGAAAUUGACGAUGCUCCACUGCCCUGGAAUUGGCAUCUUGGAAGUUCCUCAAGACAUCGACCCAACUGUCACCGCCCUCCUCUUUCAGAACAACUCGAUCAGCCUGGCACGGGACUGCUUCUCGCGCUAUCCUCGCCUCACCCUCCUAUUUGAAGCAAAAGUUCUGCAGACCAUGAUUCCGCUUAACCCUUUUUCGUCUCUAAUUAGCCACCUGGAAAGCAACAACCUGACCCAGCUGCCAGAUGGCGCUUUCCUCGGCCUCAACCACUUGCGCCGCCUGUUUCUGAUGAACAACGCUCUGAGGAAGUUGACCCCGGAUGCCCUAGAAGGCCUGACCUCGCUUGUGGACCUUGACCUGACCACGAACCUCGUCUCGGACUUCGAUUCACUCAUGAGUCAUCUGCCGAAGCUCGAGUCGCUGUUAUUCACAGUUAUCUCUAAUGUAAAUAUGAUCACACCCAUCACAGGCACCUCCAUUACCUGGCUCAACCACAACCAAAUCACUUUAGAGAAACGAUCCGCGAGCCCGAGAUCAAGGCAUCUGCUCGAGUUGUCACUGGAGAACAACUUGAUCAAGAAGCUAACGAAAGACUCCCUGAGAGGUCUUACCGGCCUCACGUCGCUGUACCUCCGGCACAACCAGAUCAGGAGCAUCGACAGCGGCGCCUUCCUCCAGCAGCGGCGCCUCCUGGAUCUAGAACUGAACUACAACCUCCUGAGUCACUUGGCGGACGAGAUGUUCACCGGCCUCAAGUCCCUCGUUAGCCUGAACCUGGAUGGCAACCCGCUGCAGAUUCUGGAAGUUGCCACGCUCUCGGCUCUACCAAGUCUGGCGUCUCUACGCCUGACGGGAAUGGACCUUCAGGAGCAGCUCUUGGUCAACAUCUCCAGCGGCCUCGGGCUUCAGACGGCGCCGAACCUCUCCCACAUAUACACGUUGAGAUUCCGCUACUGUGGUCAUUUCCCGACCGUACCUGACUGCCACCCUAAGACAGACGGUGUAUCGUCCUUCGAACACUUGCUCGUAAGGGUGGAACUCCGUGUGGCUGUGUGGCUUGUGGCGUUCCUCACCCUGUUGGGCAAUGUGACGGUGCUCGGAGGCAGGGGCCUGGCGAGGGGGGACAACAAGCUGCUCUCUCUGUUUAUAAGGAAUCUCGCUGUUGCUGACCUCCUUACGGGGCUGUACCUCCUGGUGGUGGCGGUGAAGGACCAAGAAUUCAGGGCAGAGUACCACGAACACGCCUAUUACUGGAUGACGUCAUGGGAGUGUACAAUCACGGGAGUUCUUGCAAUGACUUCAGCUGAGGUGUCCGUGCUGGUGCUGGCCUUCAUGUCCGUCGAGCGGUGGCUGUGCAUCGCGUGGCCGCUCAGGAGCCCGCGCCUCUCGCUGCGCAGCGCCAGGAGCGUCCUCGCCGGCAUCUGGGCGCUCGGCCUGCUGCUGGCUCUCGCUCCGGUGAUGUACUACCGCAGCAAGCAGGGCUUCUACGGCACGAACGGGCUGUGCUUCCCGCUCCACCUGGACGACCCGUGGGUGCCAGGCUGGCUCUACUCGGCGCUGGUCUUCGUCGGCAUCAACCAAGUGGGCGUGGUGCUCAUCCUGCUGGCGUACACGGGGAUGUUCAUGAGCAUCCGCCUGACCCGCGGCUCGACGCCCCUCAACCAAGGCGACCGCGAGUUCGCUCUCCGCUUCUUCUUCAUCGUCUUCACCGACUGCCUCUGCUGGACGCCCAUCAUCGUCCUGCGCGUCCUCGCCCUCGCCGGCGUCGCCAUCAGCCAUCUUUGUGGCAGCAUCGGUAUCGUCUCUGACUCGCACGUUGAAGGAUCUAGGAGCAUCCUGAAAAUCAUCAGUCCUUUUUACCUAUUUCGAGGCUUCGUGAAGCAAGCCAACUUGACGCCGGUUCCAGGCAGUUGUUUUGACUUGGAGAUUGCCUUUUCACACAGCAAUCUGUUGAUCUUGGCUUUGACUGACUGUGUCGAGUCAAUAGAUCAGAUCCUUGUCAUUCGAGGUAUAAAGGACCUCUGA